UUUUUUAUACUCUCAUGAAUACAACCAAAGUUGACCUUUAGUUUUGACCAAGCUAUCCAUGAAAUUUCUUAAUUGGGCUUUACAAGCCCACUAAGAAAUGUAAAACUGGGCUUAACUCUAACCUGUAAAACAUUCGAACGAAUCGAAGUAGAGAAAAACCGCCAUUAAACCCUAGAAGUCGGAGAAAACUCACCGGCGUACUGAAAAAUGGAAGAUGACGAACCUAUGAAUGCAACGGAAGAUAACAAUAAAGAAGCCUUGGAAGCAGAAGUUGCUCCGGCUCUCAUCUCCGUUCAUCCUGCUCACCACUCCGUUGCUGUCGCCGUUGGAUCUGACCUCCGUGUAUUCGAUCUCCGAGAAAGCGGUCCGGUAACAUUAGGGGCGGAGUCGAACGAGGUUUUUCAUCAUAAGGAGUCUAUCAGAGCAAUUCGUUAUGGCGCAAAGGGUAAAGUUUUUGUGUCGGCUGGAGACGAUAAAGUAGUUAAGAUUUGGGCUACGGAUUCGUGGCGGUGCUUGUGUUCUGUGCCAACAGAGAAGAAAGUGAGUGCAGUUGCCAUAAGUGACAAUGGACAAUUUGUUUGUUAUGCUGAUAAAUUUGGAACUGUUUGGUUUGUUGAACUAGACGAGUCCAUUGAAAAUCAAGCAUCAGUUCAGAAGAAGGGAUCACCACUUUUAUCCCACUAUUGUAGCAUCAUUACCAGUCUCGAGUUUUCGCCAGAUGGCCAGUUCAUUAUUACUGCUGACCGUGAUUUCAAAAUUCGUGUCACUGUAUUCCCUAAGAAACCUUUAAAUGGAGCUCAUGAGAUACAAAGUUAUUGCCUUGGACAUACAGAAUUUGUGUCCUGCUUAGCUUUCGUUUACAGUCAUGAUUGUCCGCAAGGGUAUUUAGUCUCUGGAAGCGGCGAUGCAACAGUUCGUUUGUGGGAUUUUGCAUCUGGGUUGCUUCUUCAUACAUGUGCCGUUGGAUCACAGGUAGGAAAUAAAGAAGCCAAUGGAACAGAAAACAAUCAUUUUGUAGUUACAGAUCUUUGUACUACAUCUGAUGGUUCAUCAGUUUUUGUAGCUGUUCAAAGCUUGCCAGGAAUAUUUCUGUUGAGUUCUGAUUUUUCUGCUAAAACUCUUUCUGUUAUAAGGGUGGUGUCUAUAAUUGAAGAAGACUUCAUACCCACAUCUUUAGGGACUUCAUUAACAUCUGAUUUCUUAUGGAUGGUGAUGGGUGUUUCUAACUUACCUGGUUUUAAUGCUUCAUCACUGGCUCGAGUGCGUGUAAUCACAGGUUUAACAAAACACACCUCAGAAUCUGGUGACAACCAUUGCAACGUAUUGGAAGAUAAACAAGUCCCGUGUGGAGAACAACUGUUGGAACAUCUGCAGGGAAGCUUGUCUAUUGACAAGGAUGUUUUUUCUGCGGCUGCUGAAGCUGUGAAAACAUCGAUGCGUAAUUUACUGAUCAAGAAACAGUAUUCUACAGAGAGACGUGAGUUCAGAAAACGAGGCCGAAACGAUAAGAAGGGCAAAAGAUAGCAAAAUAUCUUUUUCUGGACUUUGAUCUUCUAAGAAAUUUGGAAUUCAUAUGCAAGAUAUUCUAUUGUUUUCCUUGUAUGAUUGAUUGAUUUUUUAAGCUUAUAUUUUCUAAUUUAUCAAACAUGUAUGACUAUGUAUGUUUCUGUUGUUUGAACUUAUAAUAAUGCUUAGAUGGUUAGAUGUUUGACAAUU